AAGUAUCGAGUUGGCAUAAAAAAAUCUGGUCUUCGUGUCGUGUUGUUCAUUCCUUAAUUGCGCGUUGCUUUAAUUUGUGGGUGAGCAAAAUCGGAGCUCGGCGACAUCGCCAGUUGUGCAAUACUCGGUUCCAGCGGUAUCUGUGAAGUCCCCCCCACUUGGAAAACACUCUUUUCGGCCGCACAUACUUGCAGAUACUUCACUUUGUCACUUUGCCGAGAUUCUAUUAUAUUCUUGCUCUUAAACGACCACAAUGAAUCGGCAGGCGAAAUUCCUAGUCUUGUGCCUGUUUGUGGGCCUCUUCUCCGCGAAUCUGUGCGACGAAGUAACCACAGUGGCUCCCAAAGACACAACCACGGUGGACCCAAAGAACACCACCACCAGCGCCCCGCCGCCAGAUACCACCACUCCAUCGACCACACCGGCGACCACCACUACAGAGAAGACCACUACGUCCACGACGCCAGAAACCACGACUCCGUCGUCGACAACAACAUCUUCGACCACUGAGAAGACCACUACUUCGUCUACUACUCUGGCCCCCAACACCACCACCACAACCCCGGCAUCCACGACCAGUUCUUCGACCACUCCGUCUCCGAAUUCGACCACCACUACGGAACCGCCACAUACAUCGACCACUCCGGCGCCGAAGCCAGUGCCGUGCGGUCACUUCGACGGAUCCUCGUUCAUCGGCGGGAUCGUGCUGACCCUGGGCCUGCUGGCCAUCGGACUGGUGGCCUACAAGUUCUACAAGGCUCGCAACGAGCGCAACUACCACACCCUUUGAGCCGCCACCGCCUUUACGUCGGCCUUCAAUGCGGCAGCCGGAGCAGCGGCGGCCAGCAGCAGUGCCGCAUCAACGGAUGCGGAACGAGUGCGGUUCGUCCAGCCUUCGAUACCGCUAAGGUCGCCGCCGGCGCAGCCACCACCACCGCCACCCAUCCAGGUGGGUGUCACUGGGGGCGGUGCGGCGUCAGCUCCACAAAACUGCUCGCCAUCGGCCCGAGAUCGGCUACUGCAUACGUAAUUUAAACGCGGGGAACACAACACACACACAAUAUUACCCAAUAUAACUGCUAUCCAAAGAGAUCCCCCCAACACACAGAACAGAAAACAGUCAAGUAAAGUCAACGAUAACCCCUAGAGCGGACCCAGAUAGUAGGAGCAGGCUCUUAAUUCUUGAAUACUUUCCUUAUCACUCACAUGACCCAAACACACUCUGGAAAAAACAACCACAAACCACAAAUAUUUGUCUUUUUAUGCAUUGCAUCCAUAUGUAAGGGUACGUUUUUUGCAAACAUCAGUUUAUCAGCGAACUUGAGCGGAUGUUCAACGCCUUAUAGAGGAGCCCAUGGAGCCUGCCACUGGGCAAUUCCAAGGGCGACCAUGAACAGAGAAAUGAGUAAUGUAAUGAGAUCGAAACGAAACGAAUUGAGAGGAGUAAGAACAAAUAACAGCAAAUAUGUGAGACUGCUUGAUAGCGAGAAAGUGAACAGAUCAGAAAAUGGAAAGCGGCUGGCGACGGCUUUGUUUCUGGAAUUCAUGGAGCUACGAAAGGAAAUAUAAAUUUUGAUUAUAUUUACACAAUUUUUGAAUAACUAAAAUCAAUUCUGUCUAGAAACUAAGAAUAUCUACUACCUAAACCGAGCUAUACAAAAUGGAAACGCGUUUCAAUUUCCUCAUUUAAUGUGCAUUUUUUUCUUCAUCGUAAAAAAUAACGUUUGCUGCGUUUCCCCCACUUAUCUAUCUAUCGAUUCUCCUCAACCCGCUCACCCCGGGCCCUGUGUAGUAUGGCUAAAAAUCAAUAAAGCGACUCACGAUGCACAGCAACAGGAUUUACGGAUUGUGGUGCACGGUUGAUAUGCGUUUAUAUGCAAUAUAAACACGUAUACACCGCUGAGUGGAUAUUACAACCUGUGGGAGCCCCAUGUUAAUGCAUAUAUACGCAAAUGUUGAAUAUUUUGUACUAGAAUUGAAACUAUACAUAUGAAUUACUUUUACCUACCCGCGCUUACUGUUGGAUAAAUACACAUUUUAAGCUACAAAUUGAUCACAUGAACCCGUCAAGUUUACGCAUAUGCAAAUGAAAACUCUGUGCACAUGAAAAUCUCAUAA